AUGGCUGAGGGCGGCGAGGAACAGGAGAACAGGACCACUCCGUUGAGCAAGACUGGAGAGGAUUUUUCCAGCGUGACGCAGUCGAAGAUGCGCUUUCUGCUUUGGACCCAUGACUUUGACAGAAGAGCUGACACUAGUUUCAUGCUGACCUUUGGAGCGGAGCUGAUGGCUUUGGGUCAUAGAGUCACCUUGGAGAGUCCUGUCGAAGGGCCGGUGCUGGACCAAUUGGAUCCAUCCUAUGACUUCAGUGUUCGAGUCAACCCUCGAUUGCACAAGCUCCUGUCAGGAACUGUGUGGGACGAGAGUGGUGACGAGCGUCCACAAUUUAUUGUUUUCUUCUCUGGCACUUGGGCGCCCUUCUUCCUCCAGUUGGCCCACGAGGAUCCUGAUGUUCGCUUGGUGUGGUAUUUCUAUGACUUCCCCACCUGCAACACGCCCAAGGACUCAGGGUGGGGUAGCUGCCUUACAAGCCAAUGA